GGAGCAGCAGACAGGACCCGGGCUGAAGCAGCAGCAGCAGCAGCAGCAUCCGUGCCAGCAGCGCUAUCACAAAGGGACAUCAGUGCUGGUUUGAAGCUCGACUCUCCGCUGCUCUCUUUAGGAUUUGAGAUGCUUUGGCUCGGCGGCAGGAUGUGCGGACUCUCGGCCCUGCUCUCGGUGCUUCUUGCUGGGCUUGCGGCGGCGUCUUCCGAUCUGUUUGACAACCAACUGGGCGACAUCAAUUACUGCAAAAAGCAAUGCCAGAUCACCAUCAAAAACAAAAGCCCCGCUAAAGACUCCAUAAUGAAUGCCUGUCACCGUGGCUGUCGCCUCUACUCCAUCUGCCAGUUUGUCAAUGGCAAUGCCGGCUUUAAUACCAGCAGGGAGGAGUGUCAGGGAGCAUGCCAGGAGGCAUAUAUUAAACUGUUGGAGCAGGAGGCCUGCAGCACCGGCUGUGCCAGCCAACCUUCUGAACCUGAGAUCAAGAGAAGGAAGCUGAGGGCCAUGACUCUCCGCCCCAAGCCACCCUCUGUGAUGGAGGCUGUAUCCAGCUGGUGCAAUGAUAUUGUUAGCUCUGCUCAGAGCUUCAUUUCUUCCACCUGGACCUUCUACCUGCAGGCCGAUGAUGGCAAGGUUGUGGUUUUCCAGAGCCAGCCAGAGAUGGAGUACUCUCUGCCUGAGCUGCAGGCCCCUCGAUCCAGUGUGGCUGACAAACCCUGGCCUCAGGUCCACUCCCACACCCAGAGACCCCACGCAGGUGUGAGGGGACACGGAGAAAAAGGAGCACCCAAAGCUGCAGCUAAAGGGAAACACCCCCUCCAGCACACAGAGGACCCCGCGGUUGAACAUGACUUCCUUGGCUGCAUGUCAAGACGUUCAGGCCUUCCGCGGUGGAUUUUAGCUGCUUGUCUCUUCCUGUCUAUCAUGGUGAUGUUGUGGCUCAGCUGUGCCAGCCUCGUUACUGCACCGGAGCAGCAUAUCAAGACACAGCUGAGUAUCAAUGGAGAUAAAGAGUUUCUGGAAAAUGCCCACAAGGUCAACCCAUACCACCUGAGUCCCGUGAUCGCUGUCACCGUAAAACAAUCAGAGGAGAUCCAGGAAGCAGGGCCACUGCCAGUGAAGGUUGACCUCAACAAGACGUGCGUUUAGGUUAGACCAGCGGGUGAGCUGCUGUCUCGUUCCAGUGGGUAACUAAACUCUGUGGCCCGUCGGUGAAAAGGGGGUGAAACAAACACAUCACGAUGCUUACUCAGUCAGCAGAAUUUUUAAAAGCAUAUUCUUAAGAGCAUGGCACCCUCCAUCUUUUAAAGUGAUCUUACAGAAACAUCUAGCUUGUGUCAGUCAGUUGGGGUUUUUUUUCUCUGUCACCUACACCUGUCGUGCAUUUCGUUACCUUGUACAAUCCAAGUUUCUUCAAGUGAGAUUGUCCCUAAUGGUUAGCCUGCACAUUGCUUAUUGAUGAGCCCUGGUUCUUGUCUCAGAUCCACACGCGAGACAAGCAGAGAGGGGACGGACUACAGCUGAGAGCUUUCAUAUCAUUCGUCAUGUCAAGUGUGGACAAGAUGACAAACACAGAGAUUCAAUUUUCCACGUUGUCAUAGAGUUUGGAUUAAUUAAUGGCUUGCUCAUAGCAAAGGGAUAAAACAUUCAGAGAGGAAAGGAGCAAACAGCUUAUGAUCCGUUUACUUAACCAGCACCGUGAGCUGUGCAGAACUGGCCUCCACAUUGAGAUUCGUGUCUUCUCUCUUGACAAUAUAAAACAGUUCUGAGGUGAGUGACCCUCACCAAGUUCAGAGAUACAAAAAUAAUACAUUGUCUCUUUUGUCAACUCAUUCCUGUGUCUUUUUUUUUUUUGGAUGUUUUGUUUUUUUAAGCAACUGGAAUUGAAUCUUAAACUGGAACAAAAAAAAAAAAAAAA